AUGCGGAUUACCGAUAAUGAAAUCGGGGAUGUGGCGUGGAAAUUGUGGAUACCAGAGGCAUUGACCCAUACACUCAUACAGCAAGCGCAUUAUAGCGAAGAGGCAAUGCACGGUGGAGUCGCACGAACGCUCGGCAGGCUUAAACAGUUUUACUAUUGGCCACGAAUGGCCGUGCAACUCAAAAAUUACAUUGCUGCAUGUGAUACGUGUAAGGAGGCGAAACAUACCACGCAGACGACCAGGCCAACUAUGGGAGCAGAGGUGUGCACGUCGCGGCCGAUACAGAAGCUGUAUCUGGACUUCCUGGGUAAAUAUCCACGAUCCCGAAAAAGUAAUGCCUAUAUUCUAAUAGUGUUGGAUCACUUUACUAAGUUUGUGUGGCUCAAAACUAUGCCAAAAGCGACGUCCGCAGCGACAAUAAAGUUCUUGAGGGAGGAACUCUUUAACACGUUUGGAGUACCGGAGAUAGUACACACCGACAACGGGAAACAGUUUACCUCCAAGGAGUUCGAGGAAAUGGUGUCCCAUUUCGGGAUCACACAUACGCGGACAGCAGCCUAUUCACCCCAAGCAAAUACAAUACCGACCAGGACAGGAGGUGUGGAAGCGCAACUUCGUUCUCAGCGACUUCAGGCGAAAUAUAAAUGCAAAAUUCUGCAAAAGGUAUUCUCGAUGCAGGAUAAUGAGUUUUCCACGCCAAGGACUUGA